GCACUGCACCUCCACACAUUACGGUGCUCGGCUUGAGCACAACUCGAUGUUGCGAUGGGAGUAACAGUGUAACAAGCAAGGUGACGGGCAAGGCGAGCCGCUCGGCGUUUCACUGCAGUUGUCGUAACUUUGUAUGUAUCUGUGACACGGAAGCUUUUGCUUUGACGCCAGGUUUUGAGCAUUUUAUUGUCAUUUUAACACCCAGUACCGUUGACAUCUCUCGUUAGGUGUGCGCAGUCUCGAGCCGCGAUUUAGACAAACAUCUUGAGGUGCGCUUACCCUGGGGAUCUUGCUACAUUUACGGGUUGUGUACAUUUUUUGGAGCUGAAAAUAGCGCAAAAAGGGAAAAAUACAGAAGCAGGGAUGCUGAAAGUCACCAUGCCCUCCUCCAGAUCUGGAGCCGCAUCAGACUACUGGAUCGACGGCUCUAACAAGGAGACCUUGGCAGAUUAUUACGAGCUGGAGUCUGAACUGGGACGGGGUGCGACCUCUGUUGUGUUCCGAUGUAGGCAGAAGGGAACUCAGAAGCCAUAUGCAGUGAAAAUGCUGAAGAAGACAGUGGACAAGAAGAUUGUUCGUACUGAAAUUGGAGUUUUGCUCCGGCUUUCACACCCAAAUAUAAUUAAACUGAAAGAAAUAUUUGAGACUCCCACAGAGAUCAGUCUGGUGCUGGAACUUGUCACAGGAGGCGAGCUUUUUGACAGGAUUGUGGAGAAAGGCUAUUACAGUGAGCGGGAUGCUGCAGAUGCUGUUAAACAAAUUCUGGAGGCCGUGGCGUACCUGCAUGAGAACGGUGUUGUCCAUCGGGACCUGAAGCCUGAGAACCUUCUCUAUGCCACCCCUGCGCCCGAUGCACCACUCAAAAUAGCCGACUUUGGAUUGUCAAAAAUUGUGGAUGACCAGGUCACCAUGAAGACUGUGUGUGGAACGCCUGGAUACUGUGCUCCUGAAAUUUUGAGAGGUUGUGCUUAUGGGCCUGAAGUUGACAUGUGGUCAGUGGGAGUCAUUACCUAUAUUCUGCUUUGUGGUUUUGAACCAUUCUAUGAUGAACGAGGGGACCAGUAUAUGUUCAAGAGGAUUUUAAACUGUGACUAUGACUUUGUCUCCCCCUGGUGGGAUGAUGUGUCAUUGAAUGCUAAAGACCUGGUAAAAAAGUUAAUUGUACAGGAUCCUAAGAAACGUCUCACUACUCUUCAAGCCUUGCAACACCCCUGGGUGACCGGGAAGGCAGUUAAUUUUGCACAUAUGGAUAACGCUCAGAAGAAACUUCAAGAAUUCAAUGCUCGUCGUAAAUUAAAGGCAGCAGUCAAAGCUGUUGUUGCUUCAACCCGCUUGGGAAGUGCCAGUAGUCAUGGCAGCCACGAGAGCAGCAAAAACAGUCAUAGCGCAUCACCCAUCCAGGAGGCGGAGCCCAACACUGAGCAGACACAGGACCAGGCACAAAUAGAAAGUGAAGGCUCUUAGGCCUCUAGUGAUGUCUGCCUCAGAAACUUUUCUGCAAUCCUUUGUUAACUGCAGAGUCGGAAAGCUUUAAAAGGCUGUAUUCUUGGUUCCUUUCUGUUUAUUUUUUCCCUCAGAUUCAAUACCGAUGGUCAUAAUGAUGUCUGGGACUGGAGAAAAGUCACACAUCACCGAAUCUGUAAUGCAUGUGACUGCUUUUAUCAAAAUAAAACUAGCACAAGACAGCCUGUGUGACAUGUGAAUGGGCACCAUGCUAUGAAAAUGCCAAGUGUUUCACCAACAUGUGAAUCAGAUAAUUCUUGCAACCACCUAUUCGUUUGCUUCCUUUCUAGGGUUUCAAGGACUCGCCAUAUUGUGCAGUUGGACAAUAAUGAUUUUACUGUGGGUUAUUCCAUUUCUUUUACUUUUUUAUUUUUUAUUUUUUGCCUGAUACAUCUCAUGGUAAGGUAGAGCAUUCUUGGACUGCACGCUUUGCAAAUAAAUUAUCAUACUCUCUGUAAGUACGGGGUGGUGGGGGGCAGAGGUGCUUUGAAAGAUUCAGAUUUCAAAAUGUUUACAGAACUUGUUUAGAUUUAUAUGCAAAAUACAUUCCACUGAUUAAAACAGCAGAUGAGUUGAGAAUUUCAAUACCUUUCCUGAUGGCCAUAAUGUCGAACCUUUCUUGAUCUUCUAGGGAGAAUGAAUGCCUUACUGUACCGUCCAUGAUUUAUACAUUUUAUUAACGACAAAAAAAGAAUUUCAUACCUUGUAAUUGUUAUGCUGAUAUUGAAAACAAUAUUUGUGCAUGCAAUGCAACCAUUAUGCACAAAGACAAACAAUUUACACUGUUGUACAUAGAAAAACUCUCAUUUGUAGCGAUUAACAUUUAGGUGUCAUGAACUUUUACCGUACUAUAUUUACAGGGCUAGCUUUGGAGUGUAGACUCUCAGAUUUUGUGUAUGGAAGAAUGUCCCAUGUAUAUUUAAUAAAAAAAGGGUAUUCAUUUUAUUAGUAUUUUUUACUUUGCUUUUGCACCAUCAGGGCAACAGUUUACUAAAUGUAACGUCUAGCAAUAGGAGCAGUCCGUUUAGUGGACUGCACGUCUUAUAUUUUACAUAGCUUUUAUUUAAAACCUUAAUUCCCUGUUCUUCCUGAAAUUAGUGUGACAUCUUGUGUGUUACUAAAAAUUUGUAAUUAUUGCUAAGGACAGGAUGAAUUUCUUAGAAAGCAGUGCAGCCUCAUUUGCUGUGCCACCUUUAAUGGUUGCAGUGCCAGAGUAGAAAGGGGUGACGGGUAAUGUCUUCUACACAAUGCCAAAACACUUAUCCACUGCUGUUGUUAAAUAAUACAUUUGGUAGGCUGAAAGUGAAAUUGAGAUUGAUAAAAUAAAAUAUAUGUAUGGGUGUUUAUAGUAUAUAUGGCUGUCAGAUUUAAUGAAUUAAAACAUUCACUUUAUUGCUUUACAUUUCAAAUUCCUAAUGAAAUUAAUGCACUUUAUAUUUCUCAUGUAGCUCCAGUUAAAACAUUUAUUAAUUAUACAGUACAUGUGUCAUGGCAAAUGCACCUUUAUAAAUGAUUUGUAACUUUAUUGAUUAUUUCUAAACAAAAGCAUUUUGUUGUUGAUUAUCUGUGUCACCCAUUAAAGAUAAUUAGAGUUAAGGCAAGGUUAGAGCUAUUCAAUAAAAUUAUGAAUCUUUUAUAACAUGUGCUGUUGUAAUGCCUUCACAUGAAUGUAAUGACAUGAUCAGCUAAAUAUAUGUGGCUGUCCAAUCAAUUAUAAACUCCCAUUAAUUCUGCUUGGGACAAUGGAAGCCAGAGCCUGUUCUGCUGGAGUUAUCGAUAUGGGUCCAGCUGCAGACCUCUGCAGAUCUGCGAUUCAGUAGUUCCGCUGAACAGCCAAUUAGAUUUCAGGUUUCUGUCACCUGGUGUGCUUGACUUGAGUCAGUUAACUCUCACCCAACCCUAACCUUAACCAUAGUGUAACUAAGUGACACAAAGCAAUAACCUCCUCAAUGGAGUGGAGCUCUGGAAGUCUGCAGCUAGAGUCUAUUGGGGUUACCAGUGAAUGUAUCUGAAAUUUGAAUGUUAUAUAUUUAAUGAAAAACAAUCCACGAGUUCUGCUGUCAGAGUUUAAACUGCAGAGGGAAAAAAACAAACCUCAGAAAGUCAGAAAACAGGCAAAUUAAAAAAAAAAAAAAUUCUCGUCAUCGUCUGGUUUUUGUUUUUCAUUUUUUGAAGCUGGCCAUUGGUCUCAAAAGUGUAUAAAACAUCAUUAUUGGGGUUUGAAGGCCAAGUAGUCUAGAGGUUAGGUUGGUUUGUUGAUCUUUUAAUUUUUGAUAGAAUUGUUAAAAAUUAGUGCCAUUUCUCCGCAGUGCCAUUUUGUUUUCUUUAUUUGUGCCGUCAUUUUGAGAAAGUGUUGUUGAAGUUCGCUUUGCUUUAGCUAAGCAUAUCGACUAGGAGUGUGCCAUGUGUGAUGUUAUUACCGUCCACCUCCAGUUUGUUCAACUUUAUGAAUACAAUCAACAACAAAAUUCUAGCGUUAGUUCUUGAGAGUUUGAUUAUCAUUUGUUACGAUUUCUUUUGCAUUUCUUGACAGUGAUUCUCUUCUUGUGUCUUAGCUCGAGUUAUGUAAACCUUUCUGGUUAUCGAAUUUUAUUUGUCAGGAGCAGGCACUGAUAGCACAUUGCUGCACCCACCACACAAUGAACCAACUGUAUUGAGACCCGAGUACAGUGAGUGGCACGUCAGCACCACUAACACAAUGUGAGGUUUUUUAUGGUGACUGGAGUGCCAAUCCUGCCACCAACCCCCAAGUUUUCCCUGUAUGUUGGACGACCUGCUUGCUUCAAUUCUUGUGUUUUCUAAUUAAAGUUUUUAUCCUCUCAGUUUUAACUGUGGUGUGCUUACUCAUCACAAUCCAUCUCUUGAUUCCUUCUUUAUCAAAAUCGACUGCCAUCCUGUGUAAUCAUUACAUUUCUUAAGAAGAUUUUAUUCCUUAUGGAAGUCAAGUUCAUCUUCUUCUACUUUAACCUCCUUGGCAUUAAUCCUGAGUGUCACUCAGGUUAUAAUCUGUUAUAAUCCGAUGUACACUGUUAACCCAGAGCAACACUUGGGAGAGCCAGCUAUUGAAUAAAAUAACAUUAUGCUGCAAAAAAAAAAAUCAGGAAUAUUACUGUGCAUUUUAAUAUUUUAUGGUAACUCAUUCAUAUUCAUGAGUGGGGUGGAGCCAAAACCAAAACAUACAAAAGCUGCAAAACCAGUUUUAGAACAAA